AUGGACGAAGAGGACGACGAUCUCUACGGCCCGUCCGAGCCAGCCACCGAGGCCAAGAAGGAGCCCAAGAAGGACGAGGCGGCCUCGAGCGACGACGAGCCCAUGGACGAGGGCGCAGACUCGGGCGACGACGACGACAGCGACUCGGACCUCGAGUUUAUCAUCGACAAGCCGGCAACCGCGCCCAAGCCCGUAGCCGCCUCACAGCCGGCCGAGUCCAAGGCCAUAAAGAUCGAGGCCCCGCCCCAGUCCACGUCCACACCGCAGCCGCCGUCGGCCCAACAAGCGCGACCGGCCCCCGGCACUGCCCCCCAGGUCUCGCAGAUAUCAGGCCAGGCCUAUCCAGCCCUGCACACCUCCAACGUCGACGUGAACGCGAACCCCACAUAUCCUCCCCUCAGCAAGCCGCUGCUCCAAGUAGACCUCGACGCCGAUCUUGCCGAGGAGCACAAGCUCUGGCGUCGCCCGGGCGAAGACUACUCCGACUACUUCAACUAUGGCUUUGACGAAUUCACAUGGGAGACGUACAGGCUCAAGCAGCAGCAGAUGAGCCAGACAAUACAACAGCAGAAGCAGGAAAUGGCCCAGAUGCAACAGAUGAUGUCUGGAGGCAUGCCAGGCAUGCCGCCCAUGCCUGGCGCUGGGCCGACCCCAGGCGCCCCGCAAGGCCCUGGCGGCAUGAACGGCAUGGGUGGCAUGCCGCCGGGAGGCAUGGACGAAAGCCAGAUGCAGAUGAUGAUGCAGCAGAUGGCCAGCAGCGGCAUGGAUCCGAGCCAGAUGGACUUUGCCACCUUUAUGCAGAUGGCUGGCGGUGGCAUGGGUGGGCCUGGUGGGCCAGGAGGCUUUGGAGGCGGCGGACAACAAGGGGGAGCUUUCCAGCAAGGGCAUCAGGGUGGUGGUGGGAGAGGCGGCAGAGGAAGGGGAAGAGGCUGGUGA